UCGAGGUAGUGGCCCGCGCCCCACAGCCGCGACAGCUCGAAGCGCGCGCGCCGCGUUUCUCCGCGUCGAGUUGCGCCUCUCAUCGGACCGAGUGGAGUUGCGCGCGAGGGAACGGCGAGGCAGACGAGAGAGAGAAGGAGAGAAGCGUGGUGGCGGUGGUGUAAUACAGUACACGGUGAAAGCGACGACCGCGCGUACCCGAGAGCCUCUCUCCCGAGGGCGCCACCCCAGCGAAAGGGGUCGUCGUCGGCGUGACGUUUCCGCGUUUCAUCGCGAAAUUCCGCGAGAGUGUCCGCGCCGUCCGAGAGCAAAGGAGUCCGAGUGCCGCUACGAAAUCUCCUUAUUUUCGGAGUAACCGUGUUGCUUUCUCCUGUGUCUUCCCCCGACGUUCGAUCGUUACUCGAAUCGCAUCGGUGGAUGCUCCUUCGACCCUCCGAGAAACGGACCUGCGGGUGAAAGUGCCCGGGUGGUAGUGCAGAGACGAGGACCUGUCGACGGGUUCUCGCGACACCGUCGUCCUUCCGGUAUCCAAUACCGGUUCCGGUGAACGUGGCGAGAGAAGCUGGCUGGUGCCGCGACUCCACAAUUUCGCGGUUACCCGUCGAGCCGGAGAGAUAUACCUGGUCGCCCUGCCCAGUUGGAACGAGCGGCUGUUUUUUUCUGCCGAGCUGCCUUCACAGGGGUGGCGGAAAGGUUGAUUGUACGCGCACACGGGGAGUGUCGCAGGUGCGGAGGAACUCGGGGAUAGCGUACGCGCGAGGAGGGGUGUCCUCGCGCAACUCCCGCGCAACGUCGGAAACACCGAGUCCUGGGGAGGUGCCGUGAUUCUCCUGUGUAUGUGUGUAUACGGGACGCAUUAGCACCUGGCCAUCGAUACCUUGAUGUCAACACUGAUGCUCUAGUAAAGGUACUGGAGUUUUAGGAGAGAACGAGAGAGAGAGAGAGAGAAAGCAAGAGAGAAAGUGAACGGGACAAAUAAGGCAGGAUGUGGCGCGUACGAGUUAUCGUCUUCCUACUGGCAGCCACUUCCGUCACCUACGCCAAGGUGGCCGUGUUGCCGCACGAUGUUUACCCCGGUUACGAGGUGACACAGUUCCGGGGCGACGCGAGUCGUCCAUCUAACUUUCGCCUCCUGGAGACCGGUUUCUCCAAAUAUUUCACCGUGCUGGGCAACGGCCUGGUGAUGACGACGUCGGAUCUAACGCCGCUGGUGGAUCGCCCGGUCAACCUGAUCGUCUUGGAGGAACUGGCCAACGGCACGCAGACCCAUGACCUUCACCUUUACGUCAUCAAUCGUCGGAACAUGCUGACCUUCUCGCACGAUCGCCUUGGCGAAGGUGAAGUGCCGGAGAACUCGCCGGCCGGCACGCGAAUAGACGGAUUUCCGGUUCUGCGGGCGCACGGUAGCUUCCCGGUUCAUUACAAAAUUCUGCCGGACGAUGACGGGGAACGUCCGUUUGCCCUUCGCGAGAACGAGUCCAACGAGACCGGCUUCAACCUCACCCUGAAGAGCCAGAUGCAGGGCGUCCGGAUAGUGACGGCGAAACCACUGGACCGUGAGAUACGCGGUCUUUAUACCAUCGUCAUACACGCGUCGGACGGCAACUUCCUCAGCACGUCCAAGAUCAGCGGUAUCGUCCACGUGCUCGAUCAGAACGACAACAGCCCGAUCUUCGAGCGCGAGCUCUACGUCUUCGAAAUCAGGCCGACUAAUCUAGACACAUUACGCAAGAGUAACGUGGUCUCGCUGCUCGGUUGGAAGAGGUUCUCCACCGUAGGCAAGGUCACGGCCAAGGAUGCUGACGGGGACAGGGUCGCGUACAAGCUGGUCACGCCUAGCAGUCUGCUGAUCGUUGUGCCGCAAACCGGCGAGCUGCUGCUGGCCGGCGAGCCGGAAGUCAGCCCGGAGCAGGACGGUGAAUGCGAGUUGGUGGUCGAAGCGCAUGAUCUACGCACGCCGAGUCGCAGCACCGAGAAACCGGCCAAGGUCAUCGUGAGAUUCCUCACCACUGAACCCGAUCAACAGCCCGAGGUACACCGGAUACAAAAGAGGAGGGUCACCCGCGCGGUGAGGCCGACGAAGAAGGUCGACUUUACGGAGGCGGACGGAAAUAUCGAGGGCAAGAUCGCAUUUUAUCUCGAGAAGGAGAACGAGAAGGAGACUUAUAAGAUAAGAGACGAGAACAAGUGGGUCACCGUGGGCGCCAAUGGUUCGGUGAUGGUCAAACAAAAGUGGGAUUACGAGGAGCUGGGUCCGGAAAAGACUAUCGACUUCUGGGUUACUAUCACAAACACAGGUACAGAGCCAUGCGCGCGAUAUCCACCCGGUGUCCCGUGCCCAUUUUACGAUGAUACCGACAAUCAGCGCGUCAUCAUCAACAUGAAGGACGUCAACGACGAGCCUCCGUAUUUCAUUAAUCGGCCUCUACCGAUGCAAACAGUCGUCCAGUUGAAUGCACCGCCGAACACUCACGUGUUUACCCUUCAAGCCAGGGAUCCCGACACCGACCAUAACAUCCAUUACUUCAUCGUGCGAGAUCGAACUGGUGGCCGCUUUGAGGUCGACGAGAGAUCGGGGGUGGUGCGUACUCGUGGAACCGAUCUCUUCCAGUUGGAUAUGGAGUACGUCCUUUACGUGAAAGCCGAGGAUCAGAACGGUCGUAUCGACGAGAGGCGUUUCCAGUCGACUCCUGAGGAGAGACUAUCGAUCGUCGGUGGAAAACGCGCACCGCAGUUCUAUAUGACGGCGUACGAGGCCGAGAUACCGGAAAAUCAGAAGAAAGACUCCGACAUAAUAUCGGUGAAAGCCAAGUCGUUCGCCGAUCGAGAGAUACGUUACACGCUGAAGGCGCAAGGUCAAGGAGCCGCAGGUACAUUCAACAUCGGGCCGACUUCCGGAAUCGUGAAACUUGCGAAAGAACUGGAUUUUGAGGAUUUGCGACAGCCUCACAUUUAUUCUUUGAUAGUAACAGCGACGGAGGACUCUGGUGGUUUCUCGACAUCGGUCGAGCUUACGAUCCGAGUGUCCGACGUGAACGAUAAUGCUCCUAAGUUUGAACUACCGGAUUAUCAAGCUCACAACGUCGACGAAGAUAUCCCGCUGGGAACGAAUAUAUUGAAAGUCAAGGCGACCGACGCUGAUUCGGGGGCAAACGCCGAAAUAGAAUAUUUAGUGUCCGACGAUCAUUUCAGCGUGGACUCCAAUGGCAUUAUCGUUAAUAAUAAACAGCUCGAUGCGGAUAACAAUAACGCUUAUUACGAAUUCAUCGUAACCGCUAAGGACAAAGGGGAACCGUCGAAAACCGGAACCGCGACAGUACGAAUAUACACAAAGAAUAAAAACGACGAGGAACCGAAAUUCUCCCAGCAGGUUUACACGCCUAACGUCGACGAGAACGCCGGACCGAAUACCUUGGUAACCACCGUCGUUGCAUCUGAUAAGGACGGCGAUGACGUGCGAUUCCGAUUCGUUGGCGGGAACACCACGUCGGGACAGUUUGUGAUCGAAGAGAUUACGGGAGUAAUUCGUCUUCACGGCAAGGAAAUCUCCCUGGAUCGUGAUAAAUAUGAGCUAAACGUCACGGCCUUGGACGACGGGGCGUGUUGCCCGAACGGUGCUCAAACUAUUCACACCAGCACCGCGGUUGUCGUGGUGUUUAUAACCGACGUGAACGACAACAAGCCGUUGUUCAAAGAUUGCGGGAUGUAUUAUCCGAAAGUGGAGGAGGGCGCGCCAAACGGCAGCCCUGUCAUCAAGGUACAGGCUACUGACGAGGACAAGGGUGUCAACGGACAAGUCAAGUAUUCGAUCGUCCAACAGCCCAAUCAAAAGGGCACCAAGUUCACCGUUGACGAAGAGACCGGUCAAGUCUUGACCAACAAGGUUUUCGAUCGUGAAGGCGAUGACGGGAAAUUCGUGUCCGUCACUGUUAAGGCGACGGAUCAGGGUGAACCAUCGUUAGAAGGUGUUUGCUCAUUUACCGUCGAAAUAACGGACGUGAACGACAACCCGCCGUUGUUCGACCGACAGAGAUAUGUGGAAAACGUGAAGCAGGAUGCGAGCAUAGGAACAAAUAUAUUGAGAGUGUCGGCAUCCGACGAGGAUGCUGACAAUAAUGGCGCGAUCGUAUACUCGCUGAGUUCACCCAACAACGAGCAGAAUCUGGAGUACUUUGAGAUCCAACCAGAAUCUGGUUGGAUAGUAUUAAAGAAGCCCCUAGACCGCGAGACGUACAAGCUGGAGGCGAUGGCGAAAGACAGGGGCUACCCACCCUUGUCGCGAACGGUGGAGGUACAGAUUGACGUUGUGGACCGUGCGAAUAAUCCGCCCGUAUGGGACUACGUAGUGUACGGCCCGAUCUACAUUAAAGAGAACAUGGCCGUCGGGGCUAAAGUUGUGUCUAUUAAAGCCAGCUCUGGAAUCGACAAUAAUCCAACGGUCUUUUACCACUUAAUGCCCGGUUCCACGGCCCAGACGAACAAGUUUCAUACAUUUUACCUCCAGCAACGCCCGGACCAAUCGUCCACUUGGGCUGACAUUAAGGUUAACCACCCAUUGGACUACGAGAGCAUAAAGGAAUACAAUCUCACCAUACGAGUGGAGAAUAAUGGAGCUCAACAGCUCGCUUCCGAAGCGACCGUGUACAUCAUGCUGGAGGAUGUUAACGACGAGAUACCGCUGUUCACCGAACGAGAACAGGAAACCGUACUCGAGGGUGAACCGGUGGGCAGCAAAGUCACCCAGGUGAACGCAAUCGACAAGGACGGAACGUUCCCCAAUAAUCAGGUCACAUAUUACGUGGUGGAGAGCGACAGGAACGAGGGCAAGGAUUACUUCGAGAUCAACAGGGAGACCGGCGAGAUCUUCACAAAAGUAAUGUUCGAUCGCGAAAAGCAGGGCGCUUACGCCCUCGAGGUGGAAGCCAGAGAUGGAGCGCCUUCCGCGCGACCCAACAGCAACGGCCAUCCUAAUUCAGGUUCAUGGCCGGCUCUCUCUGAGAACAUGUCGACCAUGCAAAAUUACGGUAUAAAAUGGUACUGCAGCGGAAAAAGAGCUCACACCUCCAGCUUGACAUUAUAAAUCCAUAUUCAAAGAUAUGACUUAUA